UGUGUGACGUAACAGUGAUCACAGUUCCUGGUUUUUUGCCUCCUUUAUCGUUCAGUUGGACGGACGUGUUUUUUUUCCUCCGGUAAACCGGUCGCCAUCUGCAGGUGUGUGGUGCUCUGAAGUGGGACAAGACUUUUCGUGCCAACGGUUUACCCCCAAGAAGCCACUGGCCUGUGUCUGUCAUCAGUUUCCGGCGUGUGUUUGUGGCUCUGGUAACACGGAACAGGAAGACGGGCGUAGAGACGUCUGAGCAGAGAGAGGAAACUGCUGCGGCUUCUUCGUUGGCCUCAGAAUGACUGAGUUCUGGGUUUGUUUCAGUUGCUGCAUUGCAGAGCAGCCACAGCCUAAACGGCGGCGAAGGAUCGAUCGCUCCAUGAUUGGGGAGCCGACAAACUUUGUUCAUACCACACAUGUAGGCUCAGGGGACAUGGGCCUGGGUUUGGCAUCAGUCGACCUAGUUCAGGCCCAGAUGAAAUCUAAAGGAGGAUACGCGCACACAAGUUCUGAAGGUUCGCAGUUGUAACGAGCUCUUCAGUCUUGUGGAAACUACUGUUGUUCAUAUAAGGAAGAAUUUUCAAAAAGCAGUUCUGUCCAUAAAGGACACAGGACCAAAAGAUGAAACUACUGCUUUACCUUGAUGUUGUAUAUAUUUUUAUUUUUCCAUUCCCUUUUUUGUUUUUUGUUUUUUUGUUUUUAAUGAAAGCACUGCUAUCCAUUUGCUGCCAUACUGUUGCACUGUAAAGAGAAACUGUUUAAGAGUAGGGAAGAGGGUUUAGAAAGCUCAUAAUAUCAGACAGACGUAUGCUUGUGUGUAUGCAUGAGGAAAAUUUAUUUCAAAGAUUCUUGCUGUUGAAGCUAAUUUGGAUGCCUGUAUUUAUUAUCUUGAUUUGACAACGGACCUCAUGGUGGCUGGGCCACGCUGGAAAAUUGGAACAUUAAGUUUCCUUCUUUAUCCUCAGAGGUUUAUCAAAGGACAGGUAGUGGUAGCAAGGCAAAAAAAAAAAAAAGCAACAUGUUCAUAGUUUUAUUCUGAGAAAUACUCAUUAUACUGAGUUGCUUUCAGGGUUGAAGAUUGCUGUUUUUGUAAUAAACUUGAAAUGAGUAGAGUACACUGGACCAUACAUUGUACACUCACACUUGCUUAGGAGUUCAGCAUUGAUUUCAACUGUUUUUUUUGUUUGUUUGUUUUUUUUUUAUACUCAUUUAGAUUGAACCAUAUAGGAUUUUAAUAAACUAUUAACUUCCUAAUCUGCCUUCCUGAAGUCAUGUUAUUUGUUUUGCGAUUUGGAAGCUUAAAGCUGAAGUAGGCACAAAUCUGGAAAAGGCAACGUUUUAAAUGAUCCCCUUUCUCCUCUUUGCUAGAUGCUUGAACAAAUAGGCUUGACCAAAGUUUGCCACGUGACUGCUUCUUAUGUAGCUUCACUUAAUGAUACCUUUGCUUGUUGGUGCAUUUUUCUGUCAUCAGUCCACCAUCUGAAGGCACAUUUGUAGGUCAGCCAAUUGAAAAGACUUGAUUGUCUUCCACUGUGGGCGAAAUUUUUCGAUUGAUAGAAGACCUUAGAGGCGGUGCAGAAGGCUAGUUUCUUGCAGAGCACAUUAAAGUACAAUAUGCUGAAUAGUUACUGUGGAGCCUUUGCCUACGUAUGCCAAAAAUGGUGUCUCCCCCAGCUUUAAUGCUUUGUUUGAGCUUUUAUUUAUUUUUGCAAUUUCAUGUUUUUAAAUGCUAUGUUUUUUUGUUUUGGUUUUUUGUUUGUUCAUUUGUUUUUGUUUUUUGUUUUUUUUUCAAGGUUUGUGUACCAACAGUAGACUUUAGACCUUAACUUGGAAGUAAUCAGAAUGUCGCAAACACUGCAGCAAAAGUGGGUUUUGUUACAGUCGGCAGUAUUCUCAUAUCUAGUUCACCUACCUAUCAUCGUGGGGGUUUUUUUGUUUUGUUUGUUUUUUGUUUGGGUUUUUUUUUUUGUUUUUGUUUUUUAAGAUGAAGAGAAUUAAUUUUGCCACAGAUGAUGCUGUCCUUUUUCUUAAACUGACCUGCCAUGACUGUUACAGCUGAUAAAUGCAGCUUUAUGACUUCCAGCCACAUGUGACCCACCUUUGUAGCAGUGUUUGAGCUUAUGUUGCUUCUAUUUUGAAUUAUUGCUACAUAUAACCUUAUUUUGUUAAAAAAAUUACUAAAAGUAUUAACACACCACCUGACCAUCUUGGACAUUACUUUAUUCACAGUUUGCCAGUGUUUUUAACCUUCAAGCACAUAAUUUUCCUAUUUGGGGAAAAAUAAAUAAAAACAGAUCUUAUUGCCUGGUUAUUCUAGUUGCCAGUUAUGUCAGUGAUCAGACUAGAAUGUCUUUUUGAUUUUUUUUUCCCUUGGAAUUGUUAUGUGUUGUCCAAAUUUCUGAAUUAGGGUCCAUCUUAAGAAAAAAAAUCUAAGCAGAAAGAUCAAAAGUGCUGAGCAAACCAGCAGGCCUGGACCUAAUAAAUGUCAUUGUUUGUCCUCUUUGUACAUCAUAUUGACUAUUUCAGCGACAAAAUGUGUUGAAUGUAUUAAGUCGAGCAUGUAGAUUGGUGUUAAAUGAGUGCUAUUGUCAAAAUUUCUAUGGUACAAAGAAAACGUCUCAUUUGAUGUUGGUACUUCAAAUCAUAGAAUACAUUUAAUUGAUGUUGUCAAAUUUCUUAUAUCAGCCUUAAGACUUCUUGCAAGUACUUUGCCCAUAACCCCGGAGAGAUUUAAGAUUCAUCAGGUUGAAACAUUGUAACAAACAUCUGUGUUUCUGUAGUUAUUCCUAUGUGCAGUUGGAUCCACAUACAUGUACACGUUUUUGUUUUGUGUUUUUUGUUUGGUUUUUUUCCAGCUCUGGGAUAAAUGCUGUAGAAUGUGCAGUCAUACUUGGAUUGCAGUACAUUAUGUGACCAGCAGGCUGUGCCAGUGGACUGUUUGAAUGUGACUUAACAGUUUUGUGUUUGGAUUCCUGUCACAGGGCUUAUUUUAUGAUGACACUGUUAUUACAUGAUGUAUAAAACUGAUGGAUCCACGCUUUCUCAGAUUCAUAUAUUUCUGUAUAAUAUUACAGGAAAGGUGUAGUUGGCAAAAUCCCCCCCGCCCACCCUCAGAAUCUGCCUAAUGUGUAGUUCUCACUUUAGAGGGAAAAUCAUCUUUCCUUUAUUGCAUUUUCAGAAUA